AUAACCGGACAGAAAUAGCGGUGACACCGAUACCAGGAAGAGGAAGAGACCGACUAGAAACUAACACACACCGGACAGAUUCGGUCUCUGCCGCAAUGUCUCAGCAGUUACUGGCAGGGAUGGAAAGCUCAGCUGUGACUGUACUGAAGAGAGCAGUGGAGUUAGACAGCAGCUCACGUUUUCAGGAAUCUCUGGUCUGCUAUCAGGAAGGAAUCCAUCUGCUUAUGGAAGUGUUAAAAGCUACAAAAGAUGACACAAAAAAAGGCCAUUAUCGACAGAAAGUCAGAAAUUACAUGGACCGAGCAGAACAAAUUAAAAUGCACUUAACCAAGAUGAAAGAAGAAGGGAAAUACCAUGAGCAGAUCAAAAUUUCAGCAGAUGCUACUGGAUACAGUUAUGAAAAGCUAUUCAAACCAUAUUUAGAUCCCCUUGUUACUGAAGUCUGGGUGGAAGAUCCGUAUAUCAGGCACGUUCAUCAGGUGUAUAACUUCUUGAGAUUCUGUGAGAUGCUUCUCAAGGGACCUUGUAAAGUGAAAAACAUUCAUCUACUGACGUCACUUGAUGAUGAUAGUAGGAACUCCCAGCAGACUAGUGGCCUUGAAGAAAUAAAGCAGUCAUUGCAGAGUUAUGGUGUAACAAUGGAAGUGAUGUUCUCCUCUACAAUACAUGACAGGGAAAUCAGAUUUAACAACGGGUGGGUGAUAAAGAUCGGAAGAGGACUAGAUUACUUUAAAAAAACACAGAGCAAAUUUUCUAUUGGAUACUGCGACUUUGACUUGAGACACUGCCAUGAAACUACAGUCGACAUAUUCCAUACAAAGCACACAAAGAAUUCAUAGCUUAGAGAUACUCUUCUGGUUAUUCACUUUUAUUAGGCAAUGUAUUCAAAGCAUUUUACAGUUUUUUAAUAUAAUCAUUUAUAAUACUGAAGUAACCAUUAUUUAAAUACCCUGCAACUUGCAUUAUUUAAUAGUAAUUUAUUUUAUAAAUGCAAUAGCAGCAACAACAACUUGCAUGUCUAUACGGGGCUUCACACAGGAUAGCGUCUUGGAACACUUAACAAUUGUGGAGUUUGACACCAAGCCGAAGAGAGGGGGGGGGGAGGUGACUGUAGACACGUCCAAAGAGGAAAGUUUUCAGAUCUGUUGUGAAGGAGGCCAGGCAGAGGGAUUGAGGCAGAGAAUUCCAGUUUCAGGAUGUAGUGGCUGAAAGCACGGCUUCCGAUGGUGAGGUGAAGGGGACGGGGGAUGUGCAGGAGGCACCUGAGCAAAGUAGUGGAGUGAGGAGUAAGUAAGUCGAAGAGGUAGGGAGGUGACAGCACAUGAAGUGAUUUGUGUAUGAGUAUGAGGAUCUUGAAAUUGAUCAGUUCUAUAAUAGAGUCAGGCAAGGACUGGUGUUCUAAGGACCAGAAUUUGGUGUAGGUGAGCACAAGAAGGACAGCUGGGGAUCGACUCCGACCCCUAGGUUAUGCACAAGUUCCAUAAAUCUGAGGGAUAGGCCAGUGAGGUUAAGGUAGGUCAGAGCUACAGGUGAGAAAACGUUGAUGGAGCCAAGGAGUAUGGCUUCCGUCUUGUCAGUAUUCAGCUACAGAAAGUUGAGUCUCAUCCAGCCCUUGAUAUCUGGCAACAAGAGGACAGAACGUGCCUUGAUUUGGGUUCGCAGCUGUAGGAGAAGUAGAUUUUAUCCCCCAAAAUACAUAAUUUUAAUAAGGUUUUGUAUGAAAAUGGUUUGAGGAAUGUAUAUUAAAAUGGUUGUCUUAAUGAAAUUCUGUAAUGUGUCCAUCUGCUCUCGGAUCAUUAAAAAACUUCUCAAAAUGUCA